AUGGCUCCGCGGAAGUGCUUAACCCUCGAGCAAAAUGUAGCGCUCAUCCGCGCAGUGGAAAUGGACAAAGGUGAGAAGAGCAAAUCUGUCAUCGCCAAGGAGUUCAACAUACCAGCGUCAACGCUGUCGACCAUUCUGAAGAACAAGCAGGACGUCUUCAACGGUUUCGAGAAGAAUUUCUCAAGCAAGAGAAAGCGUGAUCGAGGUUCAAAGUAUCCAGAGGUGAAAGUUGCCCUACUUGAGUGGUUGAAGAACGCCAGGUCUGCGAACCUCCCUGUGCACGGACCCGUGCUCAUCGCAAAGGCGGAGGCGCUAGCUUUGCAAUUGGGUAUGCCGGACUUGAAAUGCAGCAAUGGCUGGCUCGAGCGCUUCAAAAAGCGGCAUGCUGUACGAAGCACACCCAUCAACGGUGAAAGUGGUGCCGUGAACCAGGACACCGUGGAUACAUGGCGACGAAAUCGGCUUGUGGAACUUCUAGAAGUGUACCCGGACAGGGAUAUUUACAAUCUUGACGAAGCUGCGUUGUUCUACAAACUCCUGCCCAAGCGGACGUACACAACUGCGGACGGCUCUUCGUCAGGCGCCAAGCAAAGCAAGGAACGCAUCACUGUCCUCUUUGGAGCUAAUGCUACUGGGGACGACAAACUGCCGUUGCUAAUACUGGCAGCCAUCUUCGAGGACUACGUACGGCUUUUGGACUGCAAAUUCCAUGCAAAACAACGGAAGGUACUCUUCAUCAUCGACAACUGCCCGAGCCACGGCAAAAUUGAAAAUCUUAAGGCCAUUACUGUGGAGUUCCUGCCAGCCAACACCACGUCCGUUUUGCAGCCUAUGGACCAGGGCAUCAUUGAAAUGACGAGGAGGCUGUACCAGAAAAGCCUUCAGCGUAUGUUGCUUGCGUACGACUGUAACAAGGGCUACAGCAUUGAUCUCCUUGGUGCAAUUCACCUGAUUUGCCGUUCGUGGAGGGACCUGGAAGGAGCAAAGAUUGCGAAUUGCUUCGUGCAUGCGGGUUUUUGCCGCGUACGUGCCACGGCUCAGCCAGUCGAACUGGAUGACAGGGAGGAAUCUGAGAGCCUCUACAGAAGAGUGCAUGAUCUUGUGGGGCAAGAAGUGGAUGAUGAUUUCGACUCCUUUGCGCGAGUGGAUACGAACGUUCCGGUCGUCAGUCCUGUGACGGAUGCAGAAAUUGUGGACAUCAUCGUCGGUCACAUGGACGUCGACGAAGGAGCCUCGGAGGACGAGUCUGAGGGACCGCGUGAAAUCCCUACGGCAGCGGAGACACGCAAUAUGUUGCGGUUGAUUCGCAACAAAGUAGAGUGCAGUGGCGGUGACUAUGAAUUGAUGACGUGCCUGAGGAAACUCGAGGAACGACUCCUUGCGGGGGCCAGGCCACGCGACAAACCCAACUAA